UUCUUCUAAAACAACUAUAGCACCUACGACAACAUCCCCUUUGACAACUGCAGCUCCUACAACAACAACUGAAGCUGCUUCCACAAGCACUACUUCAGCCCCUACUGCAACCACAGCUGAAGCUUAUUCUACAACAACUACUGCAGCCCUUACUGGAACCACAACUGAAGCUUCUUCUAAAACAACUACAGCACCUACGACAACCACAACAAUCUCCCCUUCGACAACUGUAGCUCCAACAACGCCAAUCACAACCGAAGGUCCUACUACCAUUUUAACUCCUACGACAACCACAACUGUAGCACCUACGACAAAGACAACAACAUCCUUUUCGACAACUGCAGCUCCAACAACUGUAGUUCCUACAACGCCAAUCAAAACUGCAGGACCUACUACCAUUGUAAGUCCUACGACAAACACAAAUGUAGCUCCUACAGCAACCACAACAGCAGCUAGUACAACAAAUGUAGGUCCAACGAUCACUACAACUGCAGCAGCACCAACUGUAGCUGCAUCCACAACCACUACUGCAGCCCCUAUGGCAACAACAACUCUAGCUACAAUAGCAAGCACAACAGUAGCUGCUACGACAACCACUGCCGCUUCUAUAAAAUCUACAACAAGCGCAACAGUAACCCCUACGGCAACAACUACAGCUUCUUCUACGACAAAAAUUGUAGAUCCUGCGACCACCACAAAUGAUGCAGCUACUACAACAACCGCAGCUCCUACAAUUCCAACUGUAGCUUCUUCCACAAGGACAAGUACAGCCCCUACUGGAACCACAACAGAAGCUUCUUCUAUAACAGCUGUAGAAACUACGACGACCACAACAACAUCCCCUACGACAACUGCAGCUCCUACUACAACCACCGGAGCUCCUACGGACACUUCAACAGCAGCAGCUCUUACAACAACAACUGAAGCUGCUUCCACAAGCACUACUGCAGCCACUACUGCAACCACAACAGAAGCUUAUUCUACAACAACUGUAGAAACUACAACAACCACAACAACAUCCCCUACGACAACUGCAGCUCCUACUACAACCACCGGAGCACCUACGGCCACUUCAACAGCAGCAGCUCUUACAACAACAACUGAAGCUGCUUCGACAAGCACUACUGCAGCCCCUACUGCAACCACAACUGAAGCUUCUUCUACAACAACUACAGCACCUACGACAACCACAACAAUCUCCCCUUCGACAACUGUAGCUCCAACAACGCCAAUCACAACCGAAGGUCCUACUACCAUUUUAACUCCUACGACAACCACAACUGUAGCACCUACGACAAAGACAACAACAUCCUUUUCGACAACUGCAGCUCCAACAACUGUAGUUCCUACAACGCCAAUCAAAACUGCAGGACCUACUACCAUUGUAAGUCCUACGACAAACACAAAUGUAGCUCCUACAGCAACCACAACAGCAGCUAGUACAACAAAUGUAGGUCCAACGAUCACUACAACUGCAGCAGCACCAACUGUAGCUGCAUCCACAACCACUACUGCAGCCCCUAUGGCAACAACAACUCUAGCUACAAUAGCAAGCACAACAGUAGCUGCUACGACAACCACUGCCGCUUCUAUAAAAUCUACAACAAGCGCAACAGUAACCCCUACGGCAACAACUACAGCUUCUUCUACGACAAAAAUUGUAGAUCCUGCGACCACCACAAAUGAUGCAGCUACUACAACAACCGCAGCUCCUACAAUUCCAACUGUAGCUUCUUCCACAAGGACAAGUACAGCCCCUACUGGAACCACAACAGAAGCUUCUUCUAUAACAGCUGUAGAAACUACGACGACCACAACAACAUCCCCUACGACAACUGCAGCUCCUACUACAACCACCGGAGCUCCUACGGACACUUCAACAGCAGCAGCUCUUACAACAACAACUGAAGCUGCUUCCACAAGCACUACUGCAGCCACUACUGCAACCACAACAGAAGCUUAUUCUACAACAACUGUAGAAACUACAACUACCACAACAACAUCCCCUACGACAACUGCAGCUCCUACUACAACCACCGGAGCUCCUACGGCCACUUCAACAGCAGCAGCUCUUACAACAACAACUGAAGCUGCUUCCACAAGCACUACUGCAGCCCCUACUGCAACCACA